CUCUGCGAAAGCCGGGGCUGCUGCUUCAUCGAGAGCCCCCCUCCGGCGGGGGGCAAGCGGGGGGUGCCCUGGUGCUUCUACCCCCCUGACUUCCCCAGCUACACCCUAGAAAGCCUCAACAAGACAGCGCUGGGCAUGGUGGGGCUGCUGGUGCGGAGGGAGAAGGCCUAUUACCCCCAGGACAUCAAGAUGCUGAGGCUGGACGUGGAGUUUGAGACAGACACGCGGCUGCACAUCAAGAUAAUGGAUGCGGCCAACCCACGGUAUGAGGUUCCCCUCGAGGUUCCCCGGGCGAUGAAGAGAGCGGAAAACCCCAUCUACAGCCUGGACUUCUCCCGGGACCCCUUUGGGGUGCUGCUGCGGCGCAGGGCGACGGGGACGGUGCUGCUCAACACCACCGUGGCCCCCUUGAUCUUCGCUGACCAGUUUCUCCAGAUAGCCACAUCGCUCCCGUCGAGGUUCCUCUACGGGCUGGGGGAGCAUCGUGGCACCUUCCUGCACAGCCUGGACUGGAGCACCCUCACGCUGUGGGCACGCGACGUCUCUCCCACGGAAUCAUUCAACCUCUACGGCGCUCACCCCUUCUACCUGCUGAUGGAGGAGGGCGGAGAUGCUCAUGGGGUUUUCCUCCUCAACAGCAACGCGAUGGAGGUGGCCCUGCAGCCCGCUCCGGGCCUGACCUGGAGGACUAUCGGGGGGGUGCUGGAUUUUUACAUCUUCCUGGGGCCCGAUCCCAACAUGGUUAUCCAGCAGUACCAGCAGGUGAUAGGUUUCCCGGCCAUGCCGCCCCUCUGGGCGCUCGGCUUCCACCUCUGCCGGUGGGGCUACGGAUCCAGCAAUGAGACCUGGCAGACCGUGAGAGCCAUGAGGAACUACCAGAUCCCCCAGGAUGCACAGUGGAAUGACAUCGAUUACAUGGAUGGGUACCGGGACUUCACCGUCGAUCCCCAGAACUUUGCCUCCCUCCCCUCGCUGGUGGAAGACCUCCACAAACACAGACAGCGCUACGUUAUGAUCUUGGAUCCCGGCAUCAGCAGCACCAGCCCUCAUGGCUCCUACUGGCCUUUUGACGAAGGCUUGAGACGGGGCUUGUUCCUAAACACCACCCAAGGGCAGACGCUCAUCGGGCAGGUCUGGCCCGGCUUCACUGCCUUCGCAGAUUUCUCCAACCCGGACACGCACCCGUGGUGUCCCGGCAGGAUUGACAUGAAUGAGCCGUCCAACUUCAUGGAUGGGUCUGAAGACGGCUGCCCCCCGGGAGAGCUCGACAGCCCACCGUACACCCCGGUCCACAACCUCUACGGGCUGAUGGAAGCCAAAGCCACAGCGAGCGCAUUGAUCCAGAUCCGGGGGAAGCGCCCCUUCGUCAUCUCCCGCUCCACCUUCCCCAGCCAGGGCCGGUACUCGGGGCACUGGAAACCGGGGACCACCAGCGAGGCGACCCGAGGGAACCCCCUGCGCCUCAUCGUGGCCUUGUCCUCAAGUGCCACCGCCUGGGGGGACCUCUUCUGGGAUGACGGCGAAAGCCUGGACACUUUCGAGCGGGGCAGCUACUCCUACCUGGUGUUCAAUGUCACGCAGAACAUCUUCACCUCCACCGUCCUCCACGCCAGCACUGAGGCCACCGAGGUCACUGUUGGCACACUGAGCAUCUUUGGGGUGCGGGAGCCACCCAGCAAGGUCCUCCUGAACGGCCAGGAGAAGCCCUUCUCCUACCUGGACAACCAGGUUCUCACCGUGAGUGACCUUGGCCUCAGCCUCAGCCAGGGCUUCUCCCUGCGGUGGCUGUGA